AUGGACGAUGCAUCCCGUUGGGCGUGUCUCUACCCAGACUUGGUUCGGCUGAUUGGGUGGCGGGUGCUGGCCGGAGAUCUGCUCGAUUACGUGCGCUUCCGCGCCGUCUGUCCACUCUGGCGCUCCAGCACCGUCUGCCCACUUGGCCGCGGCCUCGUCGACGAGCGCUUCCACCCGCGGCUGUGGGUGCUGCUGCCCGAGGGCCGCGCGCUCUUCCCCGGCCACAGCGAGCUCCACGGGUACGUCCGCUUCUUCAACCUCUCCACGGGCCUCUCCGUGCGCGCACGCCUCCCGCUGUUCGAGGACCACCGCAUUCUCGACUCGGUUGACGGCCUCGUCCUCCUGCUACAGGAACGAGACGGCGCCAUCCGCCUUCUCCACCCCUUCACCGGCGACAUCGCCGAGCUCCCGCCUCUCUCAACCCUCGUCAGUGACUUUGCGGCCAAGUCUAAGCUGUCUUCCAUAUGGGAUCUGUCGGAUUUCAGGAAAAUCAGUGCUACCUCCGUCAGCGUGAGCUCGGAUGGACUCAUCACGGUCAUGAUUCUUCUUUCAAUGAUGGGCCACGUGGCCUUUGCUACCACCUCCGGCGGCAUUGACCGGCAAUGGAGUGUCUCAAGCUGGAGCCUUUCACCCAUGUGGAGGUCAGUGUCGUUCCAAGGAAGGCUGUACAUAUUGCAGCGUUCCGGUUAUAACAGUAGUAACCCACAGAUUCUCCAGAUCGACCCUCCACACCAUGAUAAGGAAAUCCUAUCGCCACCAAAGUUGAUUGCCACAUGCCCAGGCAAAAUCCAGCCUCCAUACCACCUGGUACAAUGUGACUCGGAUGUUCUGGCUAUCGGUUGUAGUGACAAACCUAAUUCUUUGCACCUGUUAGUUUACAGAUUAGCUGACCUUAUCCUAAACAAAUUUACCCCAGUAGAGAGCAUUGGGGGAAAUGUUCUAUUUGCCAAUAUCGAAAGGAGUCUGAGUGUGAGCGCUAGGGCGCUCCCUACCAUUGUUGGCGACACCAUUGUAAAACUCAAACCCAGGGACAUACAUCUUGGGGAGUACCACCUCAAGGGUGGCACAUGGUUGAGGACAACCGAUGAAUCUACUUGUGGUCUUGAACCGUCCCCUGGUAACCUCAUUCAUCGUAUCUUCUGGUGCCAUCAUAAUCGGUGA